AUGUUCUAUUCCUGUCGGAGACGUUGUCAAAGAAGCAGAAGCUAUACUACGUUGCAACAUCAUCAUGUCCCUUGCCCAUCUCUUUGUCCGUGGUGUGAUUGUGAAGAUGAAGAUGAUUGGCAUGUUUUUUUCGGUUGCGCGUCUACUUCUCAAAGUUGGUGGGCAGCAGGUUUGUCAUCCUUAAUCGACUCUCGUUUACAAUCAUUUCAUGAUGCUAAGUCCCUUAUUUUUGACGUUUGUAGUCGAGAGGACCGUAGGGAUGCUGGUAGAUUUGCUGUUAUGCUUGAGGUCCUUUGGCGCAGUAGAAAUAAUGUGGUCUGGCAAGAUGUCCGAGAAGAUGCUAUAAGAAUUGGUUUACAAGCAUAUCACAACUGGUAUGAUUGGUUUAUAGCCAUAGAGGAGCAUGCUAUGGGUGAUAAUAAUAAUAAUUUAGUAGCUUGGAGUCCGCCUAUGAUAAAUCAGUUGAAGUGUAAUGUUGAUGCAGGUUUUAAUAACGUUCGUGGUACGACUAAUAGAGGGUGGUGUUUUAGGGAUCAUUUGGGGAGAUUCAUCAGAGCAGGUGUAGCUUGGGGUGUGGGUCUUUUUUCUGUCCACGAAGCUGAAGCCAUGGCUUUGAAGGAAGCUAUCCAACAUGCCAUCUCCUCCCAUUUCUCUUAUGUUGUCUUUGAAAGUGAUUGUCAAUUAGUCGUAAAUUCUAUUAAAGCCAAGCAUGUUGGCUAUUCUGAGUUUAGUUUUAUAAUUAAGUCUAUUCAGAAUUUGUUAUGUUGUUUUCCGAACUUUGAGAUGUUAAAUUGUUGUACUAAUGAUAAUGCAGCCUGUGAAUUGGUUAUUUUGAUGCCGUUAUCGCUGUGUUACUUCUUCCUGACUUCACAAUUCAUAAAUCGUUGUGUCACAUCUGUUUUCGCGGCAUCUUAUUCUACUGGAGUCACUAUCCAAUUUAAGAACGAGGAGGAGUGUGAGGCUUUUCAUUCUGUUGUCCAACAAUGGAUAAAGAAAGCCAAUGUUCAAGGUGCUCCUUUGUAA